UCGCAGAGAAUCCUUUAUUAGAGAGGCUUUCGUUGGGAAUGAUAUCAGUGUUAUAUCUAACAACAGCAUUGCGCAGAAUACAGUAAUUGCUGCGAAAGGAAAGUUUCUAUAUUAGCGUAGUAUUUAAUAGAACAUUUAAUUCCGAAGAAGAUUGAAAAGUUCUUCGAAGAUGUUCCGCACCGUCCUAUGCCUAUGCACCCUGUUGGCGCUAACCAACGCCAAUCUACACAGGAUUCCGCUGUAUAAGAUGGACACUGUUAGACAACAAAUGAAAGAAUACAACACAGAAUUGAGUCAAGUGCGAUUGGUACAAGGAGAUCUGCCUCAACCAGAACCUCUUUCCAACUACUUGGAUGCCCAGUACUAUGGAGUUAUGAGCAUUGGAACUCCCCCACAGGACUUCAAAGUGAUCUUUGACACUGGCUCCUCCAAUUUAUGGGUUCCCUCCAAGAAGUGCCAUUUCACAAACAUCGCAUGCAAAGUGCAUCAUAAAUAUGAUAGCACUAAGUCAUCCUCGUACAAGCCGAAUGGUACCGAAUUUUCAAUCCGUUACGGCUCUGGAAGUCUCUCCGGUUAUCUGUCUACCGAUACCGUAAACCUUGCUGGACUGGAAAUUGCUGACCAAACUUUUGCUGAAGCCUUAAGUGAACCUGGAUUGGCAUUUGUUGCUGCUAAGUUCGAUGGUAUUAUGGGAAUGGCUUACUCUAGAAUUGCUGUUGAUGGUGUAACACCUGUCUUCUACAACAUGGUCAAACAAGGAGUAGUACCCCUGCCUGUUUUCAGUUUUUAUUUAAACAGAGACCCUAGUGCUAAGUUUGGUGGAGAGAUGAUCUUGGGUGGUUCGGAUCCAAAUCACUAUGAGGGUGAAUUCACCUAUGUUCCAGUAGACAAGAAAGGAUACUGGCAAUUCAAGAUGGACAGAAUUGAAAUUGGCUCAGACACGAAGGUCUGCAAUCAUGGAUGUGAAGCUAUUGCUGAUACUGGUACCUCCCUCAUUGCUGGUCCAGUUGAGGAAGUCAGGGCUAUCAAUGAAAAGAUUGGAGCUACCUCCAUCAUAGCUGGAGAGGCAGUGGUGGAUUGUCAGUCUAUUCCUACUUUGCCUACAAUCAACUUGGUUGUGGGUGGCAAGACUUUCGCACUGAGAGGAGAGGACUACGUAUUGAAGGUCAGUCAGUUUGGAAAGACCAUGUGCUUGAGCGGUUUCAUGGGAAUGGAUAUUAAACCACCAAAUGGUCCUUUAUGGAUUCUGGGAGACGUAUUCAUUGGCCGUUACUACACUGAAUUCGACAUGGGCAAUAACCGUGUUGGCUUUGCUAAAGCUAAGUAGAUACAUUGAG